GGAGGAGGUUUCCCUCCGCUCCCGGCCUCGGUACCGCCGAGGGGAACGAACGCGAAGCAUGGCAGACUGAUGCUGCUCUGAGGACCUACGGCUGCUGCGGGGAAACCAUGGUGACGGUGUACACCAGCACUUACGCUUUCCACGUAAGGAGGUCCCGAUGCAUCACGUGCUUCUGAGUGCCCCACAACACAGACAUGAGGGGCGUUCAAAAAUCUAUGUACCUCAGCAUUAAAGAAAAGAGUUUAAAAAAAAAAAAUGUUUUAUUUUUCAGUGUAGUCCCCUAACAUCUUCAUACACUUCAUCCACUUUUCCUGCAAUGACUUUAACCCCUUUGACCUUCAAACCAGGACAUCACAGCUGCCAUGACAUCUUUAUCAUUUGAAAACUGCUGUCCACGCAGAGAUUUCAUCAAAACUCUGAACAGGAAAUAAUCUGAGGGAGCCAGGUCAGGAGUGUAGGGUGGAUGGUUCAGCUGUUGGAGCCCACAUUCUCGGAUGGCAGUCUGACGUGACACGUGAACCGGGGCAUUGCUGUGAAGAAGCAGCACGCCUGCCGUGAGUUUUCCUCGUCUCAUCUCCUUGAUUGACUCCCGCAAAGCGAUCAUUGUGUUGGCGUGACUCUCCCCGGUUAUGGUUGUCUUAUGUGGCAUGACCUCCAGAAGCAAAACUCCUAGAAGACAGUUGACAUGACUUUGCCUGCAAAUGUUUCUGUCUUGAACUUUUUUGGGGUGGGAGAUGACUUGUGCUUCUACUGCAUUGACUUCAUUUUGGACUCAGGACCUCUGAUAGGCCCAAGUCUCAUCUCCAGUCACCAAACGAUGAAAAAAAUUCACUUGGUCUUCAUGAAGCAUGUUCACGUUCUCCUGACAGCACUGGAGACUCGUGGCCUUCUGACAUGGCAUCAGCAUUCCUGGAACCCAUCUUGCACUGACCUUUGACAUGCCCAACUUUUCAUGAAUUAUUUUCUAAACUGUACCUACUGAGAUGCCCAUUUCUUCAGCUAUUCAGGAAACCUUAAUUUAUCUGACUGACAAAAUUUAAAUCCUUGACUUUUUUUGCACGUUUUUGCACCAUUCAGUGUGAGGGUCAUCUUCAGUGGACUCUCCACCCCACUUAAACUGCUUGCUCCAAAAUUUUACUUUCGGAUGAUGGGGCAGACUCACCAUAAACUGCAGUCAUGCAUUCAUGGAUCUUUGGCUUUUUCCCUUCUUCUGUGAGAAAUUUUAUCACUGAACUUUGCUCCAAAUCUAACCUUUCCGGGCAUCCUGUCUCUUGGAAUGUUAGACUGGCACUGAGCCACAACUGUGCUUGAGUAACCUUGAGUCACAACCUGCCCAGACUUGUUUCAACACGCUUGCUACUUUCUUUCACACUCAGGUUGACCUGGAGAAGCUGUCGGACUCCAGUGAAUAUUUCCGAGCCCUCUCGCAGUCCAGCAUGAGGGAGACCACGGAGCGACUCGUUCACCUGGAUCAUGUACCCGCUGCGGUGUUCCACAACCUUCUGGAAUUCACCUUUUGGCAGCGUUUCCAGGUCGCUCAGGAAGACCUCGGUGCACACAUCCAGGUUGGCUCUUACCUUCAGGCGAGGCCUUUCAUUUCAAGGUGCCUUUCCGCCCUCACCGACUGCUUGAGCCCGGAGAACUGCCGGUCCUACCUGGACCUUGCACAGGAGAUCUGCUGCACUGAGAUGCGGGACACGGUGUACCAGUACCUGAGCAGGAGACUUCUGGAACUGCCUCAUUUGACCAGGAGCCUGGGAGCUGCGGUGGAGGCCGACCUCAUUCGACUGCGGUCCCAAGGCUCCCGCCAGCUCUGUGCCCUCAGGAAGGAAAACCUGGUCUCUGGAAGUGCGGAGGAAGAUGCUUUGCGCCAACUCUACAGUCUGGUGGGCUCCGACGAGGAUGGGGAUUGGCGAGGAGUGACAGCGCUCCCCUUCACAGCUGACAAAUGGAGCUUCACCGUGGCCGUUUUGUAUAAUUACCUCUACCUCAUCGGCGGCUACAGGCACAGGGCAAAGAAGGGCUACCAGUUCAAGAUGGCUUCCUUCCGCUACAAUCCCUUUACGCAUACCUGGGUCCCUACAGCUCCUCUUAUUAAGCACAGACGCCACUUUAGCACCGCCGUGUGUGACGGCUCCAUCUUCGCCGUGGGCGGAUGGUACCUGGACUCGCUGGUGGCACCCGACUCCAGCACGUCCCUCUACACCGCCGUCGAGCGCUAUGACCCCUGGGUGGACUCCUGGGCGUUCGUGGCCUCCCUACCCCUCAACGACUUCAGCUUCACCAUGUCGCUCUCCCAUGAUGUCCCCCUGACUGCUGCUCUUGGCCACUACGUCUACGUGGUGGGAACUAUCCAGAGGACGGGGGAGACGCUCGUCCUGCAGUACGACGCGAGGCGAGAUUCCUGGGCAGAGCUGCUUCCCACACUGACAAGAGCCGACGCCAACAUUCCCAGCCUGUACUUCUUGGGCACCACGGACAGGCUGCACGUGAUUGGAGGGAAUAACUCUGAGAAUGUGGUGACGUCCUUCUGUGUGGAAUCUCAGCGCUGGGGUGCCGUUCGCUCCCUGGAGAAGGUGGCGCUGGUGGGUCAGAGCUCGGUCCUGGGCAGUGACGCCUACAUCCCGGCCGUGGAGCGGAACUCCAUCAUGCGGCUGAACCUCCCCUCGCUCUCGGCACACAGCCUCCCCCCUCUUCCUGUCUCCACCAAUUAUGAGGCUCUCUUUCACCUGUACUUCUAGAAGGUUCCAUAUCCCCCCAGGAGAUUUCCUGAGGAGCCGAGCGACUUGGGGGGGAGAAUGAUAUUACAUAAGAUGUGACUCACUCAGUAAUGGCAGGUAUCAAAAUGUUUUGUGGUUUCACAGUCAGUCACAGCAAUGAAGUACAGACUGUCCCUGACUUUCAUCUACUCACGCAUACAAAGUUUUUAUUUUAAAUUAAAUAAUUUUUUCCACGGCUGUACGUUUGAGACAACAGCACAAUUUUUUGUUUCACUCUUCUCAGUUUAUCAGGGUUGCCAACUCACACAUCUGGUGUGACACU